AAAUAGUCAAGAGGAGAAAAGUUCAGGACAGGAGCACCUGAAGCACGAAUGAGCAGCAUCGUCCUUCAGCAGCGUUUUCUUCGUGCACGAUAGGAACAGUUUUUCUAGAUAACAAAGACUCAAAGACCAAAUUAUGGAAUGACAUAAACCUUAUGGUUUGUUUCUUUGUUUUUUGCCACUAUGGGUCAACAUUAUUUACUUCAGGCCAGUGUCUUCCGCGCGACUGUACUGUUAUUUGCUGUGCUCGUUUCGAUCCCUCAGGGGCACUCUGACUGUGCCAUGUGCCAAUACAAGAUAAACCCCACAACAUCAGACAUCACUAUAUUUGUAGGAAACAGCUCCUCCUGCAGUGUCCAGAACACCAGCAUUACAAGCACUCCGAAUAGCAUCACAGUGACCGGACUGCAGCCUGGAAACACAUAUUUCUUCAAGAUCAACUGCUCAGAUGUGUGCUGCACAAACUUCUCCACCAGUCCAGCACAAGUAGAGAAUAUCACUGUGCUGAAUUCCAGUAACAGUAGUUUGACUGUGGGCUGGCCAGUCCCUCUUGGUCAUGUGGACUCAUAUAUUGUGAACGUAUCUGGUGCCGAGCUGAACACAACCCUCAACUUUACCACCUUCACCAACACUUCAGUCAUCAGUAGCCUCAUGGCAGGCCGUGUUUAUAACCUCACUGUGACCACCAUCAGUGGAGUCCUGAAGAACACCUCUAACAUAGUGCUGGUUGCCACUAAGCCUAACCCACCUGAAGCUGUCCGAGUGAGUGGUCAGACAAAUGUAUCUAUUUCUUUGCUGUGGUUGAAACCCUUAUCAAUGGAUGCAGUGUGCUAUGAAGUGUCAUAUAGAUCUAACCAGUCAGGAGUCAACCUAACUUUGAAUCAUACCAAUUCUUUAAACGCAACGCUUACAAAUUUAUUACCUGGCAGUCAGUACGACAUCACUGUGGUCAGCAUUGGAGUAAAAGAACUCAGGAGCUCAUCUGUGAAUCUCACUGCAUAUACAGCUCCGAAUGCAGUGCAAAAUCUGUCGGUUUCGGCUGUCGGCACCAAUUCAGUCAAUCUGAACUGGCUACCCCCUAUAGGGACCCUCAGCCUGUUCUCCUACACUAUCAACAUCUCUCCACCUGAUCAGACUCUCAAUACCACAUCCAAUAAUUAUCAGAUUACUCAGUUGCAGCCUGGGACUCAGUAUAAUUGCAGCGUCAGAGCACUCAUAAUAACUGCCUACAUAUUUGGACCCUCACAGCUCACACAGUGUAAUACCAAGCCACUGCCAGUGACUAAUUUAACAGCCUCUCCUGUUGGCACCACUCAGAUGAGCCUUGCCUGGUCUCGUCAGAGUGACUACAAAUCUUCAUAUCAGUAUAAUGUGAGUGUAAAUGGUGAACAAUUGAUACCGAGCAUCAAUGAAACCACAAAUGUUAUUAAUCUGAUCCCUGGGAACAACUACACCUUUACUGUGCAAACUGUAGCAAAUGGCAUGAGCUCUGAAUCUGUAGCCAUCUCUGCAUUUACAGGGCUUGGUAAAGCAUCCAAUAUUUCUGCAGUUAGCACUACUCAGAGUAUGAGAGUGGAGUGGAGACCGCCUGAUGGCAAUGUGAGUCUCUACAACGUCAAAAUCCUGUUGAACGGAACGGUUUUAAAAAUGGAAAACCGAACGAAUGAGACAACCGUUGUGUUCUCAGACCUGCUACCUGGAACUCAGUACAAUGUCAUUGUGACAAGUAUCAGUGGACCAAUGAAGCAGGACAGCGAUAGUGUAUCCAAUGCCACCUUGCCUACUCCUCCUGGAGAGUUUGUGACCAUGCAAAGCACAAAUUCACUGAACAUCAGCUGGGCUCGACCACUUAACAUGAGCUCCGUAUCACACUAUUUCCAGUUGUCAUACAGCAACAGCACGCUGAACUGCAGUCAAAACUACAGCUCUCUGACGGGGCUUGAUGCAGGUGUCCAGUACAACAUCACUGUGAGGACUGUAGGUGCAAUGGGAUACUUCAGCUCUCCACAGUAUCUCACUGCAUAUACAAAUCCUACUGCCGUAACUGAUGUGAGAUUGAAUGAAUAUACUGAGACCAGUAUAUCUUUGAGCUGGCGUCAGCUUGAUGUUCAGCAAUCUGGUUACUCCUACCUGCUCUCCUUCACACACCCUAAUGGCACAGCUGACCAGAAGACUGUAAAUAACACCAGAGCACAGCUACUGUCACUGCAGUCGGCUAGUCAAUACAAUAUCAGCAUUAUCACACAGACAGCUGGCGGCACCAAGUCUUAUCUCCAGUUCAUAACUGCCCGCACUAAGCCGUUUCCAGUUUCCUCUGUAACAUACAAUGUUGUGAAUGUUUCUGCUGUGAAGUUAAGCUGGUCCCGUCCUCAGGAGUAUCCCAAUGGCUUUUCCUACCAAGUAUUAGUGUCCAACUGCACAGAAAAUAGUAGGAACUUGUCGACCUUCUCUGAAAACAUCAUAGUGUCAGACUUGCUGCCUGGCACUCUGUGUCAGUUCAGUCUAUAUAGUUUGGCCUACGGCAUUCUGGGAGAACCAGUGAACAUCUCUGUCUUCACAAAGCCCUCUACAGUGGUUCCACAACUAGAUAAUCAAGGCUCUAACCAAUCACUCUUGGUGACGUGGGAUCAUCCUGUUGGUGGACUAGACAGGUACAUUCUGAACAUCAGCAGUGAAGAAGGAUGGAGCAGCUCUAAAGUUCUCAAUAGCACUGAACGCAAUUACACCUUCAGUCAACUAAAAGCAGCAACUAUCUUCACAGUCACACUCACGACUGUCAAAGCAGCCUUCUGGGAAACAUCUCAUUCAGUAAACAUGGCAACUUAUCCAAACAGACCGGGAAAGAUUACGAUUUUGUUGACGAGCAACCAUUCAGUGUGGUUUCAGUGGGAUGAAGCUGAGAACAUGUCAGAUGGCAGCUUCAACUACACCCUGACCUGUUGGUUGAGCUUUAAAACCAGUCAAUAUCUGACUGCUAAUAACACUUUCCUUUUGGACGGCUUGCAACCUGGAACAUCCUAUAAUGUUUCUGUGGCUACUGUAGGCCCGAUGGGUUUCCAGAGUGAAUCUAUCAGAGUUCAAGUAACCACCAAGCCCUCUACAGUGGUUCCUCAACUAGAUAAUCAAGGCUCUAACCAAUCACUCUUGGUGACGUGGGAUCAUCCUGUUGGUGGACUAGACAGGUACAUUCUGAACAUCAGCAGUGAAGAAGGAUGGAGCAGCUCUAAAGUUCUCAAUAGCACUGAACGCAAUUAUACCUUCAGUCAACUAAAAGCAGCAACUAUCUUCACAGUCACACUCACGACUGUCAAAGCAGCCUUCUGGGAAACAUCUCAUUCAGUAAACAUGGCAACUUAUCCAAACAGACCGGGAAAGAUUACGAUUUUGUUGACGAGCAACCAUUCAGUGUGGUUUCAGUGGGAUGAAGCUGAGAACAUGUCAGAUGGCAGCUUCAACUACACCCUGACCUGUUGGUUGAGCUUUAAAACCAGUCAAUAUCUGACUGCUAAUAACACUUUCCUUUUGGACGGCUUGCAACCUGGAACAUCCUAUAAUGUUUCUGUGGCUACUGUAGGCCCGAUGGGUUUCCAGAGUGAAUCUAUCAGAGUUCAAGUAACCACCAAGCCUGAUCCUGUCCAAAACCUACAACUUGGUUCCACAUCCACAAAUAACAUCUUUGUUAUUUGGGCAAAAGUGGAAGGGGUCCCGAAAUAUGUAAUUAGAGUGUACAGUGAGAAGGUAGAGAACAAUUUAACCAGUACAAAUAACAGCAUGACCAUAUACAAUCUGAUGCCUUCAACACCCUAUAACAUCAGUGUGCAGAGUAGCACUUCUGACAACACAGAAGGAGAAGCCGUGUGGCUGCAAGCAUGCACAGAUGCAGCUCCAGUGAAGAAUGUGACCUGUACAGGUCCCAAUUUAACCUUACCAAUGCUAACCCUUUCAUGGAGCCCUCCUCUUGGUGGAAACCUGGGAUUUGAAGUUAAGCUGAACUCCAACUCAGAAAAGACCUUCAGUCUAAACCACACCUUCACUGGACUCAAGUUUAACACUCUGUACAAUGUCAUGCUCUGGACACUUGGUUGUGGGAAGAAAAGCGAGAUGGAAUCAAUCGCCUGUAUGACUGGAAUCACAAGGCCAGUUGUACCUCAAAUAACAUCAGUGAUUGUAUCUGAGCUACAGUACAACAAGUUUACCUUGAUUCUUCAGUCGGAUGUUUUCAAUGACUCAAACGGUCCUGUGCUGUAUUAUGGUGUGCUUGUCUACUCCGGCACUAUUGAUUGCUCGGAGAAUAGUAAAAAGUUCGAUCAAUGCCUGUUGAACACCUACAGUGCCUGGAAAGCAAAUCAGUGCAGCACAUUCCUGGCUGUUGUCAAAAAAACAGGGUCUACAAGUGUACAGAUUGGAGAUGGAACUGAAUGGAAUGGUUACAAAAAUGGAGAACUAAAUGCCAAAGCCAGUUACAAUUUUGCUGUCAUUGCUUUCACUCGUCUGGAGAUAAACAACAGUUUAGUGGAUGUGUCUAAUUCAUACUACUCCAUAUCUGAGGUUUACCAAAGUCCCAUCACACUGCCUGAGAACCCAGUGGUAAUUGGAGGAGCAGCUGCGGGAGUCAGUGUUGCUGCUCUUGUUGUAAUCAUCAUUGGGGUUGUGGUUUGUAGACAGUAAGACAUCACAAUCUUAUUAAUCUGGAUAAACUUUGGUGUGUAUAGAUAUGUAAUUCUAGAUUACAGAAUGUUCCUCUCUUCUGAUUGAAGCAUUAAUAGACAGUGGCAAAUGGGUUAUUACAUUUAUGCUAUCAAUUUCCCAGGAAGCAAAGUAAAGACGAGUCUACUAGUGUUCCUAUCCACUCUAUAAG